AUGUUUGGUCCCAAGCUUGAGGUCCAUGCUACCGACCAUGGCAGCACCGACAGCAACUCCUCUAUCGAGCGCCUCAAGGGCAUCAGCUUCAGUCUAUUCGACAAGAUCUCCAGCAUGGAGGACGCGACAGUGCCCUCGGAUUCGGCGGUUGCGGCGUCGUCUUGUGCUUCGGGGCUUCCGGAGUACAACAUCAGCACAAUCGACUUCGCGAAUGCCGCUGCCACGCCCAGCACCAGGGCGUCAUUCAACAUCACGUCGACACCCACGACGACGUCUUCUAAGCUGAAGCGCCGUCACCAGGUGAUGGACAGGGUCAAGCGCGUGCUUUCAAUCAGCACGCUGAGAGGCAGCCGGUCGACAUCGAUGCGCGGCACCAAUAGUAGCAGCAGCACUGGCCUUCUUGGUGCCGGCACCAGUGACACGUCGGUCGAGGGCGACACGCCUCCUCGCGCCUUGCCUUUGUCGAGCGUCCCAACGGUUGCCAUCACGACGCCUACGUCGGAUGGUAGUAACACUGGCUCACGGACGGCGUCGAUGCGCACCAUUCAUCGUCUCAACCCGCUGUUCCUUUCUCCACGCAGCGCGAGGACGCGUGCCAGGUCGCCGCACUAUCGUAGGAGCAUGUCCCCGAGCCCUUCUCCCAGAGCCGGCUUUCCCAGGCGCAUGAGCAGCUUGAGGCACAGUAAUGAGUUUCCGUUCAAUCCAAACUCGCCGAAUCCACGCACCGACGACUCUCACCUGUACCAGAGCAGCCCGACGUCUCCCGUCAGCGAAAGGAGCAGGCUCCCGGUGCCGCCGCCAUUUCAGUCCCCCGGAGGAGCAGCCUCGUCGCCAGCUCUCGUUGCCAACAGCAGCACUGCAGGCUCGCCACUGAACAAGCCUCUUCCCCUGCUUCCACAGAGGGAGGCAUCGGCAUUGCCCAUCUCCGUCACGCCCUCGGCCGCCGACGACGUCUUCUUCGAUGCGACGGCCCCAUCGACGGCGGCUCCAAGCUGGCCGUUGCCCACUGACCGCCAAUCCGUCUACGGCACCGAACUGACGCACCCGCCCCAGCACAGUCCGCCGCUCCCGCCCAUGCCCGCUUCGCGCCCAGUUCCCAGCAACUCUCCGGCGGCGGGCCCGAUUGCCGACCCUCCCACGGCUGCCGCCGAGGCCAAGGCAGGCGACGCCACCAACACGGACAACGGCGGCAGCAGCAUCGGCGACAGUCCGACUCUCGUCUUCAACUCCAGCGCCGCGACGCCCAGCUUCCCCGCCAUGGCCGCCCGCGGCCGCGUCCCUUCGGGCUCGAGCGACCUGUCCAUGUACGGCUUUCACUAUUACUCCCCGCUGGACGAACGCGUGCUGGACGCCCGACUGACCCAGAUCCGCACGACGCUCGGUGCAGGUGGGAACGUUGACGACCACAACGAGGAUAAUGGCAACAUGGACAACGGUGGUGGCACUCACUCUUCGAGCAGCUCUGCGUCUCCGAAGGCGGUCAUCGGCAACUGCUUCGUGUCCCCCGACGACGACGACGCCGAUGCCGAAGAGGAUCUCAUUGCGCCGUUGCUGCCGCAGAACAGGUUCGCGGGUCAGCGGGCCAACAGCAUCAACCGCGAUAGCGUGGCAUCGGUGAUGACGGAUGCGACGGGCAUGUCGUUCGUCACGGCGUUCGAGGGCGUUGACGACGAUGACGAGGAUGACGAGGAUGAUGUCGUCGAGGAGAUGGAGGUCGAGGAAGGUGCAGCCGGAACGAGCUCGGGCCACUGGCUGCCGCUUCUUUCACCCGCAAACGAGAGGCUUGCCCAUGACAUCGACGACGACGACGACGAUGCUGAGGCUGACAUCACGCUCGUUCCUGCCGCUCGGGAAGAGGAGUCUGACGUGGAAAUGGCCGGGGACGAGGCCGAGUUCGAGCCGGAUACUUUCCAGAUCGUCUCCAGGGAUGGCAAGAACACUACUGUCAUGGCCGACCUCGACACCGCCGAGGAAGCUUCUUCCGACGAUGAUUCCGCCGACUGCUCUGAUCACAGCGGCGCCGUCGGUGACUCUUUUUCCUCCAAAGAGUCCAUUGACCUUUCCGAGCCUCUUUACCUUUCCCACGCUAGUCCGCCGGAGCUCUCCACUGAGCUGGCUAAGGGCAAGGUGAUCUGGGAGUACAACCCUUGGUCGACCAGCUAUGACCCCAAGUGGACUGCCGAACCUGACGUCGAAGCUAUCAGGAACAUUGCCCGAAUCCACUACAAGAUUUUGGAAUUGCCCAACGACAACGUCACUGUCGAGUUCCUCGCUGAAGGCUCGUUUAACAAGGCCUACACAGUCACCAGCACCGACAACGUCACCGGCGCUCUGCACGAGUGCAUCUUCCGUUGCUAUCUUCCGAUCGCUCCUUGGUACAAGCUCCAGAGCGAGGUUGCUACCAUGGAGUUCAUUCGUAGGACCACCACCAUCCCCGUUCCCAGGGUCUUCGCCUUUGAUUCCUCCAUGGAGAACCCCUUCGGACUGGAGUGGAUGCUGAUGGAGAAGAUCAACGGCCGAAGCUACGACGGCCUUGAGAACCAGAUUCCGUUCGACACCAAAGUCAAGCUCUACCGCCAAGCUGCCGAGUGGAUCGAUCAACUUUCCAGACUCAAGUUCGACAGCAUCGGUGCCCUCUACCAUGACUGGAGCCGGUCUUUGGCUGCAAAGAGCUCCUACAAGGUCGGCCCUCUUUGCACAACAGACUUCAUCGUCGAUCUCCGCCUUGACUAUGCCAUCAACCGCGGUCCCUUCACCACCUUCGAGCAGUACUACCAGGCCCACAUCAGCUACACUCACCACGAAGCCAUCGACCCACGCCACAAAGAGCGUGUCGAAGCCUGCAACAAGCAGGAGGAAAUGAAGGCAGCCGGAGAGGAGAUCGCCAAAAAGGUCCCCGAGACCAACUACACCCUAGACGCUCUCUCCCGCAUCCCCAAGCUCUGCCUCGCACUGCAGAGCGUCCUCCCCACCGCUCUCAGCGGCAAGCACCUCGGCCCCGCCUCCACCCGCCUCCACCACUUCGACAUCGCCAAGCGCAACAUCCUCGUCGACACCGACGGCAACGCCCUGGCCCUGACCGGCUGGGAGACGUCCUGCAUCACCUCCCCCGACAACAUCCCCCGCUACCCGCCGCUCGUCAACGCGGACGACGUGCGCGAGCCGCCGCCGCCGUGGGAUGAGGGCGACGAGGGCAAGGAUGAGGAGCGCCUGCAGGAGGAGAAGAAGGCCUGGGAGGAGAGGCUGUUGAGAGACGCGUUCGAUUGCCGGCUCAAGGAGCUGGCUUCUCCGCACCUCGAGGCCGGUCGUGGUGAUGGUGCUGAGCUGGUGGAGCUGAAGACGAUCGUCGGCGCGCUUGACAGCUGGGACGACUUUUCUUUCGUGGAGCGCAUGCGUGAGAAGAUGCGCAGGAUUUUCUGA